GUGAGGGCUGGUGGUUCGUCUAUGAGAAAAGUCUCCCCGUUUUCCACAAAAAUAGAGGAACAAAAGAGAAAAAGCUUAAUUGUAUGAGAUCAAGGGGGUACCAUGAUCCAGGCAAAAUAUUGAGCGUUCGUGACAUCAAGCUUUGGAAAAGCUUAAUCAAGGUAAUCAGAAUAACCGAGAUGCAGGGGACCAGAAUUGGGUUAUCUAGCAAUGUACAGGCACAAUUGAAAAAUGACUUUGUCUUCUUAGAAUGGUUAAACCGGUUAUCUAAUCAAAGACAAUCAUUGUCAUAUAAGAGGAUCUAUACCAUGGCGACACCGUUGCUAUCAAAUUUGAAAAAUUAUCAUCGCUUCGCAACUCAUUCUUGGAUUGGCUCAAACACGAGUCGACUCCUUACUUACAAACCAUCACACUUGAUACCUACUUCACCUUAUAAACCGAUAAUUCCAUCUUCUCAAAUUCCAUCAUUAAAACAAAUAAUAAAAAGCCCGUGCAAUAUUUCUGUCACAGAAGGAAGUAUUGACAGAUUGGCAAAUCUCAAUGGUGUCGUUAACCGAAAGGUUUCGACGUCAACUACUCGCUCACCAGAUGUCAAACUUCCAAAUAUGAGCCCCUAUGCAUCUGCCAUCCGAUUUUUUCCAUCGCCCACAAAAAAACUAUACGAAGAGAAUGUUGGUGAAGAAGGAUUACAAAG